AUGAACUCAAUCAAUCACAACGGUACCGAACCAAAUGACGACGAUAUUGAUAAAAGAUUACAAGAUACCUAUGAUGACAUUGAAGAGGCACAUGGUAGUCUAAAGAAACAAAAACUAAAUGAUGGAAAUGAAACUAACCAUUCAGACAAUGACGAUGAUACAGUUGGUGUCGCAGCUAGCGCUGUUACCCAUACUGAGGAUCCAAAUAUUGAUUCCGAAUUACUUGGAGAAAAUCAACAAGAUGAUGAUAAUGAGCACCAUCACGAUGUUAGUUUGCAACAUCACCAAGGCGAGGACGUCAAUAAUGACCAUAAUGACGAUGACGAUGUAGCUGCCGCUGCAGUAUCUGCUACCUAUGAUGAGUUAUUGCAAAGUGAAAAUGUUCAUGACAAUGAUGUUGAUGUAUCAUUACAAGAUACUGAUAACGCAACUGAUUCUCGUAGAAAGCUAGAUCUUGUUGAACCUACAGUUGAUAUGGUCGGUGAUGAUCAAGAUCAAGACGAACAUGGGAAAAUGAAAAUGACCGAAGAAACUGUUGUCGAUAAUACUACUGCCGCUUCGACGUCUGGUACUACAACAGGUGAUGAUGAUGCAUCCAUGGCCAUAGCGAGAGAUAUUGAUGAGGCGCGUAAAAGAUUAGCUAAGAGAGGUCGUAAACCUACACCAAUUACAGGUACAGAUGAAUGGAAGAAACAACGUAGAGAUUCUCAUAAGGAAGUGGAAAGACGUCGUAGAGAGAGUAUUAACCAUCAUAUUAAUAAUUUGAGUUUAUUGUUACCCGUAAAAGAAACUAGUAAAGCUGCUAUUUUAGCUCGUGCAUCUGAAUACAUUGAAAAAUUAAAAGAAACUGAGAAUGCUAAUAUUGAAAAAUGGACUUUACAAAAAUUGUUAAGUGAACAAACGGCUUCUCAAUUAGCCACAGCAAAAGAAAAACUUGAAGAAGAACUUGGUCAUGCUUUCAAAGAAAUUGAUUAUUUAAAACGUUUAUUAGAAGAAAAUCAUAUAAAUAUACCAGAAGAUUCAUUACGUGAUAACAAGAAUAAUCAAUCAAAAAAGGAAGAGUAA